AUGGAACCGCGCGUGGGGAACAAAUUCCAGCUCGGCCGGAAAAUUGGCAGCGGCUCGUUCGGAGAGAUCUAUCUAGGGACUAAUAUCCAGACAAAUGAGCAGGUUGCUAUUAAACUGGAAAAUGUCAAGACAAAGCAUCCCCAGCUUCUCUACGAGUCUAAGUUAUACAAAUUACUACAAGGAGGAACUGGAAUUCCGAAUGUUAGAUGGUUCGGAGUUGAGGGAGACUAUAAUGUCCUUGUGAUGGAUUUAUUGGGACCUAGUCUUGAAGAUUUGUUCAGCUUCUGCAGUCGGAAACUGUCUCUAAAGACUGUUCUCAUGCUUGCAGAUCAGAUGAUUAACCGGGUUGAGUUUGUUCAUUCUAAAUCUUUCCUUCAUCGGGAUAUUAAGCCUGAUAACUUUCUUAUGGGCUUAGGAAGGCGUGCUAACCAGGUAUAUAUUAUUGAUUUCGGGCUUGCAAAGAAGUAUAGAGACUCCUCAACCCAUCAACACAUUCCAUAUAGAGAGAAUAAAAACUUGACUGGAACAGCUAGAUAUGCUAGCAUGAAUACUCACCUUGGCAUUGAACAAAGUCGGAGGGAUGAUUUAGAAUCACUUGGAUAUGUUCUGAUAUACUUCUUGAGAGGAAGUCUCCCCUGGCAGGGGCUGAAAGCAGGAAAUAAGAAACAAAAGUACGAAAAAAUCAGUGAAAAGAAAGUUUCAACCUCUAUCGAGGCUUUAUGUCGCGGCUAUCCUACGGAGUUCGCUUCUUACUUCCAUUAUUGUCGAUCGCUUAGGUUUGAUGAUAAACCAGACUAUGCUUAUCUGAAGAGAAUUUUCCGUGACCUUUUUAUUCGUGAAGGUUUUCAAUUUGACUAUGUAUUUGACUGGACCAUUUUGAAGUAUCAGCAGUCACAGCUUGCCACUCCUCCAUCUCGUGCCCUUGGAGCAACUGGUGGAACAAGUUCAGGGAUGCCUCGUGCCAAUAUUGAUAGGCAAUCAGGUGGUGAAGAAGGAAAUGCAACUGGUCUGUCUUCCGCAAAUGCUACUUAUGGUAGAAACAUUUUGAGUUCUGGAAGCUUAUUAAAACAAAAAGGCCCAGUUGCAAAUGACUCAGCCACGGGUAAAGAUUUACCAAGUUCUAAUAUUUUCCGUUCAAGUGGAUCUUCAAGGCGACCUGCUGUGUCCAGUAGCCGCGAUCCAGUUCUCACCGGGAAUGAUUAUGAUCCUUCACGGAAAGACGCAAGCCCAGGAGGACUCCGCAAAAUAUCCAGUGCUGCUCAAAGAAGUUCACCGGUCGUAUCAUCAGAUCACAAACGCGCCGCCUCUAAUAUAAAGAAUUUUGAUGCUACCCUCAAAGGUGUAGAGAGCUUGAACUUCAACGACGAGAGGCUGCAUUAUUAG